CCGUUAGCAUACGGAUGUUGGUAAUGAUAGCUGACAGCAGUGAGCUAACGCUAGCGUUUCGUGGUUUGGAAAGAUGGCUGUGGACUUGCGAGGUUUUGCUUUGGAAAAAGCCGAACUGAUUUCCAGCCGCUUGAAAGAGCUGCUGUCUUGGGGACAAGAACAUGUCCGGGCUCAGUUCGGGGUAGAUUUGGGUCUGAAGCCUGAAGUGUACCCGACUUGGGUCAUCCUAUCUACGGCCGCGGUGGGUCUGUUCCUGACACUCUCACUGUCCUGGGCCGCCGUCUGUAGCGGUCUGUUGGUCGGGAAAAAGCGGGGAUCCCCAGUCCCCCAAGGCAACGGAGAGCCAGGCAAGGCCAAUUUUGCUAAAACUGCCAAACCAGAAGAACAGAAGAAGAAGAACAAAAAGAAAACGCUUGAAAAGAACACUCAAUCCAACGGACAACCAGUGGCUGUAGCACAACAGGAAGCUAAAGUGAUCGAGGUUGUUUCCAAGCAAGCCCCUCGUAUCAGAACCGAGAAGGUGCAUGAGGUACAAGCCCCGGUGCAGGUGAAAAAGAACAAGAAGAAAACCAAGACAAAUGUGCAACCAGUACAGCAUGUGUCUACAACUGAUGUUAAGGAACCUGAUGAUGGUGCAUGGGAGACCAAAGUCAGUUACCGUGAGAAGAAACAGCAGCGCAGGAAAGACAUGGGCUCUGGGGACUCUAGUAGCCCAGGAGGGGUGGAGGCUCCCAAGAGCAACGCAGAGGCAAUUGUGGCUACAGUAUCUACCCACACCAAGAAAAACAGAGCAAACCACGACUCCCUGCAUUCAAAAGCCACUGGAAAGGGGGAGACAGCUACUGGAGCUGUGACGUCCAGCCGCAGAGAGGAGCCUUCAGUCAAUGGAGGAGGUUGGACUGACAUGUCUGUUAAGAUCCCACGUCAGAUGAGUGCUGUGGAUGGACCUAAGUGGAGUGCCGCCAGCACAGCCACACAAUACAGGGCCCCACCUAAGCCUCAAUCCUGGGGACAGGAGACACAAGCAUGGAGUAGCAUUGAUGGCCGUAUAAAGACUGAGCCAAACACUGUGAACUUCUCCAUGUUGGGACUAAACACCACAGACUCAAUAUCAAACUCAAUGGAGCUGCAGUGGGCGAGAUGCCCUGGUGUUGAUGAUGAAUGGUCUGGAUUCAAUGGGAUAGCAGCUGCAGACCCCAGCUCCGACUGGAAUGCCCCGGUAGAGCACUGGGGAAACUUUGAGGCGCCAACUGUGGUAGCGACACCAGCUCCUCCACUGAAGGAACUGGCUGCACCCAACAAGGUAUCAGAGGAUGAGAAGGACAUUGAUGAUGUGGCCGGUGGAGCCGCCAAAUCCAAGAAGAACAGGAAAAAGAAGAAGAAAUCAGAUGAGGAGGCUGCAUCUGAGGCUCAGAUGGUGAGCACAGUUCCUUUGGUCAAUACAGCACCCAAACCCCAAGAGCCUCCUGUGCUGACCUCAAAGAAGCAGAACCCAAGCAUAUCCUCCUCCCAGAAGAAGUCUGAGCAGACUGCGGAGCCUCCGAAGGGCUCCCAGAAGAAAAAGGUCAGACGGGAAACAUGAGGUCAUCACAGGUCCAUAUAAAACAUAUGCAAAUGAUUGUAAAAUGUGUCACAUGCAAUAAUUACAAGGUACAGUGUUUCUUUCUGAGCUACAUUAACAGUUUGUCAAUUACCAAUACAAAGAGGAAACAAGCAGUGAAUAUCACAUGCUUGGCUAAAUACAGUGAUGAAUCGUGGUCCUAUGGACUUCAAUCUUAACUAAUUUGCACUAUUUGCUACACUGCGACCAGAGUGGAGUUUCAGGCAAGGUGGACUUGCAGUGGAGGUACAUGGUUAUGUAAUUAUUUUUUAUGACAUCAAGGGUGUUAUUCCCUCCAAGGGUGUAUGUUUUAUCCCCAAAAGUAGAAACAAAAUACAGGUUUUAUUUAAAUGUUUUGUUGUGUGAAAAUUUUACUUAUAAUAGAAGCAAACAUUUUUGCUCCCUAGAAUAUUGCACUUUGUUUUGUUUCCAAUUGUUUGCCCCUGUAUCAAUUACUGAAAUGUGUGUGAGGAUGGGUUCCGAUUUGUUCAUCUUAUUAAAACACUUGCAUACCUGUACGUAUAUUGAGAGAAAGUUAAGGGUUGCUCGGAUCAGACCCCCGUUUUGUCCUGGCCACGAUGUGAGACACUUAAAGAGCUACAAAGUCAGAAACACAAGUCCACACUUUGUUUUGUGAAAAAUAUUAAUCUAGAUUAUGGUUCAAGCUAAAUUUCUAUAUGGAUGGGUAUUUUUCAAAUCAUUCUUUAUUAGUACAACAUUCGGUUUUACCGCGUUUUGGAUGCUGAGGUGUGAUUGAUACGUCCCGACAGUCAGGGCUACAAAACCCUGACCAUAAAACUACACACGACUGCCCUGACAAAGGUGUUCUCUGACUGCUGAAGCCUCAUAUUAGUUUUGGCAAAACUCUAGCCAGCAUUUUGAACAGCAAAAAAGCAUUUUGUACAUUGUUAGUCAAUCUAUGAAGGUGUUACAAUACAGACAGUAUGGAAAGAAGAUAUUCUUAUUAUUAUUAUAGUGACUUAUUACUCUUUCAACGUACAAAGUACAUACAAGUGUUGUGUUGACAUAGGUUUGUGAAUCCUUUGAGUAACAUCUCAUAAAACUGUCAUUUGAGUAUCAACACUUGUUUCUUGUGGGCUGUGUAGUUUGUAAAAGCUCCUUUAAGAAGAAGGGCAGCUGUUAUCAGGUCGUUUCACAGCAGUAAAGAAAUGUUCCCGGCCUUAGAAACUUCUCCACCUCUUCACUGACCAUAAGAGCGGUGUUAGUAUGUUCCAUCCUAUCUUACCGUCUCCAAAUAUGGUUAGAUACACUGAGGCCUGAAACUGUGAUGACAAUUUUUAGCACAAAAUGGCUGAACAACUCAUCAGUUUUGGAUGAGCUCAGAAUGUUUCUUCAAAUAAAAGUAAAAAUGUGGGUCAUGUAAACUGAUUGUAGAAUCCCCUCGAGGACUCUUGAUAACUUUCAUGUUAUACAGUUACAUAGAGAGCACAGUAACUGAUCGGAACCACCAGGGGGCAAUGUAUUCUGAAGAAGAGCAGUUGUGGGAAUAUCCCAUAAAGCAGUCAAAAUAUUGAGUACCGUCCGUCCACGUUUAUCAUUUUGUUUGUGUUGGUCUUUUUCUGACUAGACUGUGCGUUCAUUUUUUAGAGACUGAAUGGUCCUUUCUGCUUUUUUAAAAUGUCUUCUUCCUGUUUUUUGUGCUAGAAAAAGCCACGCCAUAUGUACAGAUUGUAAGGGCUUUUUCCAGUCCUGUGAUUGCACUGUGCUGACGGCUAUAUUGAGUUCAUUUUUAUGUCGAUACAUUGUUUUUUACUACCUUUUUGCAGAAAGUGAAAUAUGAAAUUCCUUUUGAUUAACCUAACUCCCCCGGAUUUAUGAUGGGGAUUUUUUUUAACAUAAAUUAAGAAUGAAGACGUACACAAAGAUAUGAUAAGGAGCAGCUUUAAUUCAACAUCAAAGUUGUUUUUAAACAAGACAAACACAAUUACACAUAUUAAAGGAAUUCAAUUCCAUUGCCUUAACCUGUAGUUGUAUAGAACGUGCAUUUUUUUAAUAUAGUUUUCAACUUAUUGCAAGCUUUGAUGUCAGAAAUUAAUUUCAUCUUGCAUGACUUUGAUAAUAGUACUUGUGUACACAAUAUGAAAUGAAUGAUCUCUUGCUUUAACUGCUGGUACCAGCUUUUUUUUUAAUGAGACGAGUUGCAUUUUUUCUUUGGGCAUCCAAUUUACAGACACUGACAGGAGUCUGUUGUUGGAGGUCAGAGAGCCUUUGUGCAUCGAGGUGUUGAUCAGCAUAGUUAUUAGUGAAACUGAUAGAACAAAAUGAUACGUCGCUGUGGCUUCAGGCGCCCUUUCGUGUUUAAUUUCUACUGAUGAUUAAAUGGAUUUAAUCAAUGUAUUUAUAUAAUUGUCUCUAGGACAUUGUUAUGUGAAUGGCUUGUUUAUUAAGGAGAUACAAAUGAUAUUUCUAUGUUUGUUUGGUAAAAAUAAAUGAGAAUUGCUUGAUA